AGAGGAGUCGGUUGUUCAAAGUCACGCAUCAAACGACUGUCGGGGUUGGGAAUGGAACUUUGCAAGCUGUCGGGUUUUGAGCUCUUGCUUUAACCGCUAAAUGCGCUGUUUUCCACUAGAUGCUUCCUCAGACAACAACCGAAAACAUAGCUGCUUGACUCUGACUUGCCUUAAAGGCUGCUUAGAGUUUCCAGCAGGGCACGGCUCUGGAGCCCUCCCCUCAGGUGCUUUCCAUACUCUCUGCCUCUCUCUAGCAGUGCCGCUUUCCUUCCAGACGAGGCUGUAGCUAAGCAGUGAGCAGGAUGCCCCCGGGCAUUUAUUGCCCUAUGGAAUUCUGGUCCAAGGGGGAAAACCAAAACAUCCAGGUGGACUUUCUGCUGCCAACAGGCAUAUACUUGAACCUCUCCGUGCCCUGCAAUGCCAGCUUGGACACCAUCAAACAGGUGGUGUGGAAGCACGCUCAGUAUGAGCCCCUCUACCACAUGCUCAGUGAUCCCGAGGCCUACGUCUUCACGUGCAUCAACCAGACAGCAGAGCAGCAAGAGCUGGAGGAUGAGCAGCGGCGCCUUUGUGACAUCCAACCCUUCCUGCCCGUACUGCGGCUCGUGGCUCGAGAAGGUGACAGAGUCAAGAAGCUUAUUAACUCCCAAAUCAGCCUGCUCAUUGGGAAAGGUUUGCACGAGUUUGACUCUGUGCAGGAUCCAGAGGUGAACGAUUUCCGCACCAAAAUGUGCCAGUUCUGUGAGGAGAGAGCAGCAAAGCGGCAGCAGCUCAGCUGGGCAGCUUGGAUGGAGUACAACUUUCCCUUGCAGCUUGAGCCCAUGGCCAAAGGCCUUGGAACUGGACUCUUGCACACACCCAUCAAGAACAUUUUUGUCAACGUCAAGUUUCAGUCUGGCGGGGAGAGCUUCACUUUCCAGAUCUCCCCAAAUGAGUUCCCCAUCACAUUAAUGAGCUAUGCUGUCAAGAAGCAGGCUACUGUCUUCCGCCAUGAGACAAUGGAGAACCCAGAGGACUACACACUGCAGGUGAAUGGGAAGUACGAAUAUCUCUAUGGGAACUACCCCCUGUACCAGUUCCAGUACAUUCGCAGCUGCCUGCACCGAGGCUUAACACCCCACCUGACUAUGGUCCACUCAUCCACUAUUAUUGCUAUGAGAGACGAGCAGGUCAACAGUAUUGCCAACCCCCCAAAGAUGGCAGUGAAACCUCCCCCACUCCCUAAGAAAAAGCCAAACUAUGGUUCUCUCUGGUCCUUGGAGCAGUCUUUCUACAUUGAGCUAGUGCAAGGCAGCAAGGUCAAUGCAGAUGAGAGAAUGAAGCUGGUGGUGCAGGCAGGUCUCUUUCACGGCAAUGAGAUGCUGUGCAAAACGGUGUCAAGCUCUGAAGUGAACGUGUGCUCAGAGCCAGUGUGGAAGCAGAGGCUGGACUUUGAUAUUAACAUCUGUGAUCUUCCUCGUAUGGCACGGCUCUGCUUUGCACUCUAUGCUGUCAUCGAGAAGGCGAAGAAAGCACGCUCCACCAAGAAGAAGUCCAAGAAAGCUGACUGCCCCAUUGCCUGGGUGAAUGUCAUGCUCUUUGAUUAUAAGGACCAGCUGAAAACAGGGGAGUGCUGUUUGCAUAUGUGGUCCUCCUUCCCAGAUGAGAAAGGUGAACUUCUGAACCCCAUGGGCACGGUGCAAUGCAACCCCAACACAGAAAGUGCAGCAGCCUUAGUCAUCUGCUUCCCCAACGUUGCAUCGCAUCCUGUGUAUUAUCCAUCAUUUGAGCAGCUGCUGGAGCUGGGGAGGAAUGGAGAACAACCCCGCUCUGCACCAGAAGAUCCAGAGGAGAAGCUGCAACUGAAGGAAAUACUGGAGCGGAGGAACCACACUGAGCUCUAUGAGCAUGAGAAAGAUCUGGUGUGGAAGAUGAGAUAUGAUAUCCGUGACCAAUAUCCACAAGCUUUGGCAAAGCUCCUUACCAUCACCAAAUGGAACAAGCAUGAAGACGUGGCCCAGAUGAUUUCCCUGCUUCAGACCUGGCCAGAGUUGCCUGUCCUGAAUGCCUUAGAGCUGUUGGAUUUUAGCUUCCCUGACCGUUAUGUUGGCUCCUUUGCUAUCAACUCAUUAAAGAAGCUGACAGAUCAUGAAUUGUUCCAAUAUCUGCUGCAGCUGGUCCAGGUGCUCAAGUAUGAAUCCUACUUAGACUGUGAAUUAACCAAGUUCCUGCUGGACAGGGCGCUAUCCAACCGUAAGAUCGGCCACUUCCUAUUCUGGCACCUCAGGUCAGAAAUGCACGUCCCUGCAGUUGCCUUGAGGUUUGGCUUGAUCCUGGAAGCGUACUGCAGGGGCAGCACCCACCAUAUGAAGGUUUUGAUGAAACAGGGAGAAGCACUCAGCAAGAUGAAGGCUCUGAAUGAGUUUGUUAAAUUGAGCUCUCCAAAGGCCACCAAGCCUCAAGCCAAGGAGAUGAUGCAUGUGUGCAUGAAGCAGGAAACUUACCUCGAAGCACUUUCCCACCUCCAGUCCCCUCUGAACCCCAGCAUUAUCCUCACUGAAGUUUGUGUGGAUCAGUGCACGUUUAUGGAUUCCAAAAUGAAACCCUUAUGGAUUGUUUUUAAUAAUGAAGAGACAGGUGGAGGUGGAGUGGGUAUCAUUUUUAAAAAUGGAGAUGAUCUGCGCCAGGACAUGCUGACUCUGCAGAUGAUCCAACUGAUGGACGUUCUGUGGAAGCAGGAGGGCCUGGACCUGAGGAUGACUCCUUAUGGCUGCCUCUCCACAGGAGACAAGACUGGGCUGAUAGAAGUAGUCAUGCAUUCUGAUACCAUCGCUAACAUCCAGCUGAACAAGAGCAACAUGGCUGCCACUGCAGCCUUCAACAAGGAUGCACUGCUAAACUGGCUGAAAUCCAAGAACCCAGGGGAUGCGUUAGAACAAGCUAUAGAGGAGUUCACUCUUUCCUGUGCAGGGUACUGCGUGGCAACAUACGUGCUGGGGAUAGGUGACCGGCACAGCGAUAACAUCAUGAUCCGGGAAACCGGCCAGCUGUUCCAUAUUGAUUUUGGUCACUUUUUGGGGAACUUCAAGACCAAAUUUGGUAUUAAUAGAGAACGAGUUCCUUUCAUCUUAACCUACGAUUUUGUGCACGUCAUCCAGCAAGGAAAAACAAACAACAGUGAGAAGUUUGAAAGAUUCAGGGGUUAUUGUGAAAAAGCUUACAUGAUUCUGAGGCGCCACGGUCCUCUCUUCCUGCACCUGUUUGCACUGAUGAAAGCUGCUGGCCUGCCAGAGCUCACCUGCUCUAAAGACAUUCAGUACCUUAAGGAUUCCCUGGCUCUGGGUAAAACAGAUGAAGAGGCACUGAAACACUUCAGACUCAAGUUUAAUGAAGCCCUACGAGAGAGCUGGAAAACCAAAGUGAACUGGCUGGCACACAAUGUAUCCAAAGAUAACAGACAGUAGAGGGAUGGAGUCAGCCUGCACACUUGCCCCAUGAGAAUGUACAACCACUUGCACUGAAUCCAAUGAUCGUAGACUGAUUUUAGAAGACUGAUGAAUGUUGCCGUGCUCAAGAUCCCUCACCCGUGGUCCCAGAGAUCACACCUUUCUGCAUCACUGAAAGUUGUUGGACUGUCAUCAGCCACCUAAUCAUGCCUGCACUAGAUCUUUGGGUGACAAGGGAGAGGCACAAGGCAAUAAAAUUACUGCAAACAGUGAAAGGUAGGUAGAUGUACCGUAUCCUUAACAAUUCGUUAAGUUUCAAAUACAUCUUCUAAUGGAAGAGUUCAGGCAGUUUCAAUAUACUUUGAAGUCAGUAAGUGUGCUACCGUUUUUUUUCUUGACAAUUCAGCUAAACACUGAACAGCUACUCUGCUGUAGCUCUUAUAGCACAGCUGUUGUAGGCCUCUACCAUUACAGCUCAGGCUUUAACUCACUACGUGAUCCGUCCUACCCUGUUUCAGUGUACACCAAGGUAGGUCAGCCUCAAUCUCCUCUGAAACCAACUUGUACAAACUUUUUAUUCUGCAUUGUGACAGAAUUAAAAGAAUAAAUAAAUCCAUACGAUCACAUUACUGUCUCUCUGUUGCAGAGGCCAGAGAGCUCUGAGAUGCUGCCUAAAAUCUCAUGCCUCGAGGUGCUUGGGUUGGCCUAACUUGAGUUAGGUACGUUUGUUUGCUUUCUUAAAGCAGACCUUAGGUUAAACUCAGCCAGCUUCUUGUUUUCUGCAUUUGUUCUGUUUUUAAGCCUGAAAACAUUAAAAUUGUGCCAACGGGCAUGUACCAUUGGUUGCUGAACGUACCUCCUGGUGGGGUGUUACAGCUAGUUUGCCACCUGGUUUCCCUCUGAUGCAUACAUGGAGGGCACUGGCCUGCACUUGCUUAUGUACUUACUGGGAUACAACGCUGUAACCCAGCGUCAGAUGGGACAGAUGGUACCACUCUGUGCUUAAGUUAUUUGGCCAGGCUGCUUUCCUGUGUGAAGAUAGAGGAGUGCCAGAUGAGUGGGUUUAGUACUGAGAAUUGCAUCUCAGUUCAUCUGAAAAGUUUGUUCCCCUGCUCUCUUCAGCCAUAUGCUGUCAGCUAAGGUACACAGCUCUGUUUGUUAAUACAGCUGGGGUGCAAAGACUGUGAGUGGGGAGUUCAGCCAAAGAGCAAGGUGCAGUCAUCUGUGCUGGUACCUACACUGGACAAACUGCUCCAGCCUUCUGUUGUCACGGCUGCCUCUGUCUCUUUACCCAGGAGGAUCUGUCCCCUCUUCCACAAGGUGCCAUUAAUCAUCUAUUUCUACUCCUGUGUCAUAUUUUUGUCUCCAGCUAAUGUCCUCACCUGGUUGGCAGUUCUGAGCACUGGUGUUGCACAGGGACAGAUGAACAGGAGCCACUGCUGUCCCUCAGUGCCUCCCAUGAGCAAACUGAGGUGCAUCAGGCAGGCUGCAGCCUGUGGGUCAUGCUGGAAGAGAAGUAGUCUGGUCAGUAUCUGCUUCCUUUAAGCAGUUCCCUGGGGUGCUUCCCUUCAAUCCCCCGUGUUCUUCACAUCAUCGUGUUCCUCGAGAGGUGCUAUCAUUUCUGCCUUUUAAAGAAUGAGAGUCAGAUUUUCACGACAUCCCUAAAGUUGAAUUAUCUCUUUGAUUUGCAUGCCCUGACCUGGGUUGAGCAAUGGUUAAUUUACAGGACUCAAGUAGAUAAAAAGAAAAGAAACACAGGCACUGCCCAUCCUUUUUUCCAAGAAACGUGUCAAAUGAUGGACUACUCUCAUGUAAAUUUAAGCUUUCAUGCCUGGUUUGAGUUAAUUUUGCCAAACAUUUCCUCAAAAAUAGCUAGUUUAGGACAGAUGCUGAAUUUGCCUUUUUAUUCCUAAUACAUCUUCCCUGUUAUGGGGUAAAUUUCAUUUCUUCUUGCAUCCAGGACAUAAGUUUAACUCAUUCUUGAUUUUUAGCUCUUUUUAAUGCAUUAAAAUGAGGUGCCCUGUACUUCAGAGCAAACAAACCAAAAAAACAGCAUCCCUAUACUACAGGUGAGCCCAGUGCUUUUUUAAAAGCACGAGUUCAAAUAUAUUUGUUCUUCAUCAGCUGCACAGCUGAGUUAAUACUGCCUCAAAGUAACUCCUACCUCUGUAGAAAGUACCAGUAGAUAUUAUAUUUGUCAGUGAAGAGAGUAAUACAGUAUAAUUACUUUCUCUGAUAUGUUUGUUCCUGAGUCUAUGAUAUAAUUCAAGGUUUCCUUGAGUUGAACAGCAGUCAGUGAGUGAUCUCAGGUUUCAAACCCAUAUUUGAGCAUUCUGCACUCCACCUUAUUGGAAUAAUACAGGAAAUGUGCCACAGUCACAGAAUACAGGCAGGUAGGAAGAGAUCCUAAUUAAGGACUACAUAGGAAAUGCAAAAGCAAUCUCUUUCAGUUGCUUUGCUAUUAGAAAAAAAAUACUGUAGAAUUUAGAGCUCUUUGAAUACUAACCUGACAAUGAGAAAACAAUAUUGCGCACACUUAAAUUACUGCUUCCUCAGUAGGGAGGAAAAAUCAUAAAACAUGACACACAUAUUUACUCUGUGCUCUCUCCUUGGGGUGCUGUACCUGGACUUUGCUUGCAGAGGUGCCCGUGGCCACACGACUUUGCUGUAUCUUAAGAGACCAGGUAAAUAUUGCUGUUUCCUAAUUAAAUUAACUCACAGUGCAGACAGCAUGCAGAAAUAUUAGGCCACAAGCAAUCUGAGAGGCAGUGCAACCACAGUAAUCUUAUGGGAGGGAAGAAACAUGCUACAAAACUGUAAACACAAUUAUCUUACACUGCUAUAAGCAGGGAAGCCAGGAUCCCGUGUCAUAGUGCAGCAAGGCAGUCUUAGCUAGCAGGUUCCUUGGGUGUGCUCAGGUACUUUGAUCCGAGGCUCACAGCAGUUCCUACCUGCUUCCAGAAGUACAAAGCAGCAGUGGCUCCUGUCAUCUGUCCUUCCAUUGUAAAAGUGCAAUAAAGCAAAGCUGUAUCAGCAUCAACUGCUAGAGCUGAGCCAUUCCAAAGGCGUCUCAAUUCAGCACGGUUUUACAGCUAGGUUACGCCAUCAACAAAGCUGACUUUCCUACAAGCAGUAAAAAUGUUGAUGAGUCAUUGAGUGGAUUUCCUCCCUUGCGCACCCCUGGGACAGCAUCUUGAAUGGAGCUCUGAUGGCUGCACGGGGCAGCGAAGAGCUGCUGUCUCCAGCUUUACACAAUAGCUCACCUGAUGCUUUCCAGCGAUUUGAGCUGUACCGAAGAUGAAAACUUAAAUCAUUUUCAAAGAUAUCAUGUUUCACUGUAAAUAAUACCUUCUGCUUUAUAAAUACGCUCCGUGAUACUCCUUUCUAUUUAUUUAGAGAUGGUUUUUGUGAUUUUAAUUCUGUAUAAACUGAUUGUUCUUAUUCUGUUGCCUUGGAAAAAGAAAAGUAUUUUUUUAAGCCAAACCAUGGUUCUGUAACAAGAGUGUGUUUACAUGUUUCACUUCUCAGUUGCUCUAGGUACGUGUUUUGUAAAUAAAUAAAAAAGGAUUAAAUUGCA